AUGGGGAAAGGGAAGGUGUCCGCUAAGCCACCCACUAGAAAGCGGAUGGACAAGCUCGAUAUGGCCUUUUCCUGCCCAUUCUGCAAUCACGGGAGCAACGGAUGGACAAGUGAUAUGAAAAACCUGACUGGUGAGGCUAAUUGUCAAAUCUGCCAGAAAAGCUUCAGCACCACUGCAAAUGAGCAUAGCUGA